UGGUCCCAAUGCAUCAUGGGAGUAACUGGUAUUGUUGCCGCCAUUUUUGGCCCAUUUUUGGCCUCCUCGAAAAGUUCAGUUGUUUGCAGAAAACUUCAUUAGUUGUAGCGGAUACAGAGACCGGGACAAUGAACCCGCAAUUUGACUCAAUCGGCAAACAGUUUGUAGACUUUUACUACAAAGCUUUCGAUGCGAAUCGCUCGGAACUUGCCGGACUCUAUAGACCUCAUUCUAUGAUGACAUUUGAAGGAGUGCAGCUGCAGAGUGCAGAGGCCAUCAUGCAGAAACUUGUAAGUCUACCAUUUCAGAAGGUGCAACAUGUUGUCACCACAGUUGACUGUCAACCCACAACAGAUGGAGGUGUUCUUGUAAUGGUCGUAGGACAAUUAAAGACGGACGACGAUCCACCCCAUGGGUUUAGCCAGACGUUUGUCCUGAAUAAUGACGGCAGUAAUUGGUUCAUAUUCUCAGACCUCUUCAGGCUGGUUGUCCACUCCGUAUAGAAGACCCCCCCUGCCCGCCGACAAAGUAGAGCAUCCCCACAUCUGGACGUCACACCAAAAGGGCUGGGGAGAGAAGCUAGUUUCAGCAGCCUAAACAAUAUGUCGUGUCUUACAAUGCCCAGGUUGACAGCUUUCUAAGAGUGCACAUGUUUCUUGCAACUUGCAAAUGAUGGAAAACCAUGCAGUGGACGGUGCUCUUACUCCUUCUAGGGUAGCUUUGUUGUAGGAGUUUGAAACUCGGCUUAGCAAGAUGGACUGUUAGCUCGGUUGUCCUUUAUCACGUACCUUCCACAAAGAAAAGCCUGCAAGUGAACUAGUAUUAAGUGUAAUGGUUUGGCGCUUAUAGAUUUUACCAGUGUGACCAGUCACAUGUUCCAGUUUUUUCGAAAUGCAAGGGGUGUUCAAAGAAAAAUUAGGAUAAAGAAAGAAAAGUCUAGGACUUUGUCACCGGCCUGCAACACCCCCCUCCCCAUGUUCUUUACGCUGAAUGAUGCAAACCAUUUUCUUGCAUCCAUCUGUGCCUCCCAUAAUUCCUGGACCGAUCAUCACAUUGAUUUUGAGAUUGUGAACCUCCUUUGAUCAAAUGUUCCCUAACCAUUUUGUACCCUCGUAUGUGCUGCCAACAACUCCCGAGUGCCAGAGCUCUAGUUUUAUGUACCUGUAAGGCCAGGCUGAUCAGUGCAGCUUUUGAUAAAACUCUGGGUAAAGGAGGUGAAAUAAAUGGAGAAAAUACAA